AUGGAUGCUGUGACUGUGUACCAUGGCAAAAUCAGCCGGGAGACGGGGGAGAAGCUAUUGCUCGCCACAGGCCUGGAUGGAAGAUAUCUGCUAAGAGACAGCGAGAGUGUUCCUGGCGUGUACUGCUUGUGUGUUUUGUAUCAAGGUUACAUCUAUACAUAUCGAGUGUCGCAGACAGAAACAGGUUCUUGGAGUGCUGAGACAGCACCUGGGGUGCAUAAAAGAUUUUUCCGGAAAAUAAAAAAUCUCAUUUCAGCAUUUCAGAAGCCAGAUCAAGGCAUUGUAAUACCGCUGCAGUAUCCAGUUGAGAAGUCCUCAGUGAGGAGUACACAAGGGAGAAGUGAUUCUGAUGUCUGCCUGAAAGCGCCAUGAAGAAGACUAACACACCCUGUCCUUUAUUUUCAAUAAUUUAAGUAUAUGCCAAGUCUUGUAUAUUGUAGAUACUACAGUUCAGUGAACUGUAAAUGCCUUUUAAACAGCACUCUAGUCCUGUAAUAGGAGCAUCUCUCCCAUGUCAAAGCUGAAAGUGGAUGUUGUAGAUAGCAAAUGUUUUAAAUUGAGGACUGGGAAACAGAAUCCCUUCGAGUAUUUUAACUUCCUGUAUUUACGAACGAGAAGCAGUUUAAAGCACAAUGAAAACUUUACAAAAGAUUAAUGUCAA